AAUCAGUAUAAAAAAGGGGGUUAUUUGAGGAGACAAAGUAGUUGGCUCGGUCACUUCUAACUCCAAAAACCUAGAACCAACCUCUGCAUCUCCGAGUCUUCCUCGCUGCCAUCGUCAAACAAACACUCCCUUAAACUCGCGUUGCGUCGCGUCACAGCGCAAACUCUUCACUUCGCACGCACCAUGGCCGCGACUGCACCUCCGAAUCUCUCCACUUUCUCCAAACCCUCCUCUCUUCAGACCCACCCUUUCAACAAAACCCUCCCAAAACCCACUCUCCCACGCGCCGCUUUCAAAACCCCUCUCCUCGUUUCCUCCAAAAACCCCAUUUCCGACAUUACCCUCGCCUACAACCCGCGCUCUCAACCCCUUCUCGACGAUGAGAAGCCCCGAGAAGAGUGCGGCGUCGUGGGCAUAUAUGGCGACCCAGAAGCCUCUCGUCUCUGCUACCUCGCUCUCCACGCGCUCCAGCACCGUGGACAGGAAGGUGCCGGCAUCGUCACUGUUCACGACAACGUUCUCCAAUCCAUCACCGGCGUUGGCCUCGUCUCCGAUGUGUUCAACGAAUCAAAGCUUGAUCAGUUACCCGGAAGUUUAGCCAUUGGGCAUGUUCGAUACUCCACUGCAGGACAAUCCAUGCUAAAAAAUGUUCAACCUUUUGUUGCUGGGUACCGUUUUGGCUCUGUUGGGGUUGCUCAUAAUGGUAAUUUGGUGAACUAUCGCACCUUAAGGGCGAAGCUUGAAGAGAAUGGAUCAAUUUUCAACACCACUUCUGACACAGAAGUGGUUCUUCAUCUUAUUGCGACCUCAAAGCACAGGCCUUUCAUAUUGAGGAUCGUUGAUGCCUGUGAGAAACUUGAAGGGGCUUAUUCUAUUGUGUUUGUGACAGCGGAUAAGCUUGUUGCGGUGAGAGAUCCAUUUGGGUUUAGGCCUUUAGUUAUGGGGAGGAGAAGCAAUGGUGCUGUUGUUUUUGCAUCCGAGACUUGUGCUCUUGAUUUGAUUGAAGCCACGUACGAGAGAGAGGUGUAUCCUGGUGAGGUUUUGGUGGUGGAUAAAAAUGGGGUUCAGUCUCUUUGCCUUAUGUCUCAUCCACAGCCAAAGCAAUGCAUUUUUGAGCAUAUUUACUUUGCACUUCCAAAUUCUGUGGUUUUUGGGAGGUCUGUGUACGAAUCUCGCAGGCAAUUUGGUGAAAUAUUGGCCACUGAGAGUCCUGUGGAUUGUGAUGUUGUGAUAGCGGUUCCUGAUUCUGGCGUUGUAGCUGCGCUUGGUUAUGCUGCUAAAGCUGGGGUUCCUUUUCAGCAGGGUUUGAUAAGGUCACACUAUGUGGGAAGGACAUUCAUUGAGCCUUCUCAGAAGAUUAGGGACUUUGGUGUGAAGCUGAAGCUCUCCCCAGUCCGUGCUGUGCUUGAAGGUAAAAGGGUUGUGGUUGUGGAUGAUUCCAUUGUGAGAGGAACAACCUCGUCCAAAAUAGUAAGGUUGCUAAAGGAAGCUGGUGCUAAAGAGGUCCACAUGAGGAUUGCUAGCCCCCCAAUUAUUGGGUCUUGUUAUUAUGGGGUGGACACACCUAGUUCUGAAGAGUUGAUUUCUAAUAGGAUGAGUGUGGAGGAAAUAAGGGAGUUUAUUGGGUCUGAUUCACUUGCUUUUUUGCCUUUUGAUAGCUUGAAGAGGUUGUUGGGUAAUGAAUCUCCCAAUUUUUGUUAUGCUUGUUUCUCCGGGAAUUACCCUGUUGAGCCUAGGGAACUUAAGGUGAAGAGGGUUGGUGAUUUUGUGGAUGAUGGCUUAAAUGGGAGUUUGGAGUCUAUUGAUGGGGGUUGGGUUCAGGCAAACCGAAAUCAGAAAGAGGUGAAGGUGGGUACUAGUCUCUGACCAUUGUUCUAUUUCUGGUUUUGCAGUAAAUGGCGUUUGCAGUUUCGUAAUUUAAGCCAAGGUAAGGGUACCUAUGUGAUGUGGUGCGGUGAGAGAUAAUGUCAAACCAUGCAACUACGAUGUUGGGCUCUGUCUUAUUCAUUUGGAUUCCGAGUGCCAAUGCAUAAUACUUUUUGUUGGUCGUUUCUUCCGAACUUUUGUUAUUUAGAACUUAGAACAGACUAUGGUAUAAGAACUUUGGAUAUUUUUCUUUCCCUUUUUUCUGUUUAAUAUAGGGUUUUCUUUAAAACAUGUUAUUCUAUUCCUACACUUUGGGAUUUCUUGGAUGGUUGAUCACCAUCACUUUUAUUGUAUAUAUUUGUUCGUAUGGGCGGAAGAAAGAGAAAUGAAAAUUUUAAAUAAACAACUUAUAUUUACUUGGUAACAUAAAAAUGUUGAUCGGUUGAAAAAUACCACUCCUUGCAUGAAAGUAUGUUAUACGCUGUAUUCUGUAAACAAUAAUAAAAUGGGAAUCAAAAUUUUU